GCAGAUUCGGUGUGGAAUGCGGGCGGACUCUGGACGCUUUUCGCCAUCGCGGGGGCUGCUCACCUGGAUCUAAUUCCAGAGCUGAUUGAUCCCAAAGCUUUUUUGGGAAAAAUUGUCUGCGGCUGGGUGGGGAGGAUGCCCAAGGUCCCGACGGAUCCGGAAUCCGCCCCGGCUCCCUUUCAACUGACGGCGCUCGAUCGAGAGAUCCUCUCGCAAACAGACGAAGAAUAUAUUUCCCAUGACUGGGAGAAUCUGAAAGAUAUAAUAGCAACCAACUCCCUCCAUUUGUUCAAACGGAAGCCCUCUGACUUGGCCAAUUACAUAUCCUGGUCAACUGCCAUAAAGUCCCUCUACGGCACCAUCACCAAUUACAUUUGCCUUGAGCGUCUCCGAUGGCCUCUCAACCUGGACCCUGCCACACAGUGCGUCGAUCCGACGCCCUUCGCUGAUUCACGCGACUACCGAAUCCUCCGGAAUGACUGGCCCUAUGGCGUCACGCCCGAUAUAUCGCAUCUAGUUGUAUGGGUCAAGAAUGCAAUACCCGUGGAUGAACAGACUGGCGGUGAUCUUACACCCGAGUCGCGUAGGUCGAUCGACGAAUUUGUGCACAGAACGUUCGUAGUACGAUUGGAGGAGGAGUUUCCAGACGCAAAAGCAAGGGUGAUGUGGUUUAAGAACUGGACAGCGCUGCAAAGCGUAAGAUCCCUUGAACAUAUACACGUGCUCGUGCGUGGUGUUCCGGAUGAGAUUAUUUUUGAAUGGACAGGAGAGCCGGCCCGCAAACUCAGCGAUCCUACAGUUGGUUUGGAGAAUGCGCCCAUCCCUACGCCAGUCGUUUAG